AUGAAUCAACCGCCCAACAGUCAGAUACCGAUGCACGACAGCCUCGAUGAGCCCAUGUUCGAAUCCGACGAGUCCCAAGAUAUCGCAGACAGUGACGGCGGUGACGGUGACGGUGACGUUGACGGAGACUCUGAUGACUUUACGCCUUCUGUUCUACAAGACGACCAUUUGGCCAUGGACUCGUAUGGCAGAUUUCGGUACGUCGGCGGUGCUCCAAACAAACUCUUGAUUGAUGCUGUUCGGGCGACAUCCAAGCCCGCCGAAAGCCCUCAAGGGCCGUCGCUAUUUUCACCCUCGCCCAUGCGAGAAAAAUACACCACGGCGCCACUGCCUUUCUUUACGCCAGGCAUUGUGUGGCCCAGUCUACCGUACAUUCCUCAGCCAGAGCAAGUACCCCUACCGCCAAGGUACAUCGCCGAUGUCUUGGUAAAUUUAUACUUUGACCAAGUGCAGUGCAUAUUCCCCGUUCUUUAUCGUCCAAGGUUCAUGAAUCAAUAUCAGGAUCUCAUGAACAACAGUUCAAGCAGAAACUCUGCCCCCGAAUUCCUAUCUGUCUUUUUCGCAGUGUGUGCGUACUCGUCUAGUCUGAUGGAUCCUAGCUCUGGCCAGCGCUUUUCCGGCAUUGAGUACUACGAGAAAGCCGUCGUCCUUCACUGUGCCGGCACUGGAAGAAGUUCCAUUGAGCAAGUUCAAGGACUUGCGCUCCUAUCGUUAUGUGCUUCCCGCUGGAACACCCUUGCCCAAGGUUGGAAGUUUGCUGGACAAGCUGUUCGUGCGGCCCAAGACCUUGGAUUACACGUUGGCCUGGUGAGUUUGUUUUGUUCUUGCCCUCCCUCGGCCAUUCCCGCAAUUAGUUCUAUGCUCAUGUACAUUUGUAAGUGUCCGAUUGAUGACAACAUGACCGAGCCGGUCGCCCGCGAACAAGGCCGCCGAACUUGGUGGACUGUGGCGACACUCGACUGUAUACUAUCGCUCUGCCUCGGCAGACCCAUGAUUGGAUUGGACUUGAGCAACACCUGCCCGCUCCCCAUGGACCUGAUCGAUGAAGAUCUUGAGGCCUACGCAGAGAACCCGGAAGGUGACGAUUUCCCCUCGUCUGACACAGCACCGUUGGUUGGCUUUAUUGCUUUUGCGCGCCUGUGUGUUAUAUUCAUGAAGAUAUAUCGUCUCCACCAGCAAGAGCGCCAUAAUCGACAAACUAGAAACAUCAAACGGCGUCAAUUGGCGAGAACCAAGCGGCAGCUUCUACGCAAACUCGAAGAAUGGAAGACUAAACUUUCUAGCUCAGUUGCCUUCUCAUCUCACGAGAGCUGCACGACGGCUUCUGCGGCGCAUCGAGCCAUGUCUGUCAUCAUUUCCGUGGUGUAUUCUGCCGCAGCUCAAGUGAAGAGCCGAAUUCCACUGGUCCCUUUGGCGAAGAAUUUCUUCAAGCAGCUAGAAGCUGUAUUGAAGCAUCGAAAGCUUUACACGCGAACGUACCACCCAGCCAUUAUCUUGCUUUCUGCGUCCACCAGCUUUCCUUAUCUGGACUUUUACUGUAUACUGCGUGCAACAGCGGCAAUUCAACCCCCGCCGGAUAUUGUCGAGGAUGUCACGUCUUGUGUCAAGCUCUUGACCGAACUCGAAACAUACUGGCCGCCAGCCCAGCGUAGCAGAGCCAUCUUGCAGGAUUUACUUUGCCGAACGACUGAUAGUAGCGCAGAUCGUUCUAUUAUAGAAAAUCUGGAGGAGCUUCAAAAUGUGGAAGCACUCUUUCCGUCACUUGACCCCGCCUUGCUACCGUAUCGCUCCCCGCUGAGCAUCGGCAAUAUCCUCCUGCACGAGGGCUUUACACACUCCCCUGAAAUCGUCCGUAACGAGCCGAAUGGCAUUUAG